GGAGAGGAGAGCUCGGCUCGCAGUAGUUUUCUUUCCUUUCCUUUCUUCCAUUGCCACAGCUGGGAAGGCCAACUCUCACUCGCUUUCCUCCUCCCCCCAACGACAGCAAUCCCUCCACGACCAGAUAAAUUUUUUGAUUCCUUCUCUCCAUUUCUUGCCCUGUUGCUGUCGUUCUUGGAUCCCUGCCAUCCCAAAGAGAACUGUAACGGUAAUUCAUGGCCUUUGUUUGAAGUGGGAGCUCUCUCGAUCAAGUCCGCAUUUCAUCGUCUUGCCUUAACAUGUCUAACCAUGUCAUGCAAUCCUAUCAUGAAAAGAGAGACUCAGGCGAGGAUUCUAUUUAUGCUCGUCAAUCUGUUUGGAUGGCUCAUUGGAAUCGAAUGAGUAAAGCAGCAUCUCAUGCUCGGAACCAUCUACUUGUUGAUCAUAAGCCAAUGGAAGGCAAUUCCGGUCCUGCAACUAGGCAGCAGCUGCCGUACCUCAGUAGACCUGACGCUGCAACCGAUGCUUCUAACUGUGGCAGUGAGGAAUUGACAGAAGUGCCUGUAGCGGGAUCUGCCAAUCCCCCCGAUGAGAGUCUGAAAGUAUUCUCACAUUUCUCGAGGAAAGAGAGAUUAGAACAUGACCAGCCCUUUCCCAUGUUUGGCCUCUCUAGAAAUCGAGACAAGAGCAUGAUGACGCAUAAGAAUGACCAGGCUAGUCUCUUCUGUGGUCAGGCGGCGGGACCUCAGAUUCAUCCCAAAAUUGGGCCCAGCGCUUCUCCAGGAGAUUUUGUGAAGCAGGAGAAGAUGUCUUUGUGGACCCCAUCUGGUUAUGAGACCCGAUCACAAGAACGGCUUCUUGACCUGGGAGGUACCUCUCGUCAUUUUGAUGAGAAAAACAGCUUGGUUGUUUCGGCAUCUUCUAAGGAUGAUUUUUUCACAUUCAGCUGUGGAUAUCCAGUUGGGCCCAGUGCUGGUAGGCUGGAGAAAGUUACUGCCAAAGGGCGUUUGAUGAACACGAGCCUUACUAAGUUGGGGCCUGAUCAGUGUAAUUAUCAUGGUAGUUCUGCAGUUUUUGUUCAGCAAUCGGACAACGAUCCCUUGACCAGCAAAGAUCAGUUAGCAUUCUAUCUUGGUAAUAAUGUGUACCGAAAAAGCCUAAAAGAUUUAGGGACUAGUUUCUUCCAAAGCCAAACCAGUCCCUUUGAGGUUGCAGAGGCAGAGUGUUCGUCUCGAUCAAGAAGGUCCUUCUUUGAUAUAGAGACUAUGAGAAUAUGCACCACUAUAGAUUCCGUGGAAGGCUCGAAGUUCCAUCAAAAAAUGAAGGAGUUAUUCUUUACUGAGAAGAAGACAGAUGCUAACUUGUUGAAAGGAGGUAAAAUCUUAAGGGAGUCAGUGUCCAGCACCACCCAGUUUAAAGGAAAUACCAAUAAAUUCAGUGAAGUUCUCAGGCUGUCCAGAGGUGGCGGGCAGCAAGGAGUGAAAUUGCAACCUCUAUGGAGCUCCACGGAUAGUGAGGAGAAGGAUAAUGCUGAUGAUUUGAAGAACGAGUCUUCUGCGGAAACAGACACUAUGGACAUGGACGCCCUAAAGGACGACCAUCUUUGCGGCGAAGGAGUGUCGCUGUCAAAUAAGAACUGUGUAGCAUUCCCAAAAUUAUUAGCAUCGCGAGCUGCUGCAGAGUCCAUGAAUGAAGAGGGGAGGAGCAGAGAAAAUGCUGAUAUACCCCCUUUAGACCUGAACUAUCUUGCGCUUCCUUCAGCUACAUCGAGCUCUACGGAUGAUAAAGAACCGAGCAUGUCGAAGACCCAGAGCUUGGAUGCAGCGCACCUUCUCCCUACUGCUGAUGGGCACAUGAAUCAGUCGAAAUCAACUGAGAGUGCGUCUGACCCAGGGAUCAGAUGGGUGAAACGACUCAAGCUCAGCAAUUCGGAGACCUUAUUUGCCCGUGGCACUAAGAUCUUGAAGAUGGAAGAGGGGACUUCUUCCCCUGAGAAGUUCAACCCUUUCUUGGGGAAAACCAUGAAGCGGCGCAUGACUAGCUCAGAGCCGUUGACCAGUGAAAAAUCCUAUAAGAAGAAACCCAUCCUGUCCGACCGGAACGACCAUUCGGUAAUGAAAGGUUGUGGGUCCUGCUCAACGAGUCAGUCCUUGGAAAAGAGUCGAAGUGAGCUGCUUUCGAAUACGUGGAUAAGGAGAUGGUGCCGGGUUCAGAAGACCAAGAAGCAUGAGGGAGAAGAGGCGGCCUUUGUGUUUUGUGAGCCCCAAAGCCUAAAGGCCUCCCUUGAUGAGAUUCGGAAGAAGCAGUUCCCAAGCCUUGCAGCCAUGGCUCUGAUGGGCAAGGCAAUGCAUGGGUUCCGCCCCUGCGAGUUUAAGAAAAGCGGGUCUUUUGUGGUCUGGAAUACCAGGGGAUGCUGAUUCCCAUUCCGAGUUCUGAAUCGGAUUGACUGAUGAGGGUUUUGGUUGAUGCUUUGGGAAAUGCAGUGAGUUCAUUAUAAAUGGGUGGUAAGAGGGUCGAAUUGAAUUUCCGGGGUACCAAAGAGAUGGUGAAUCUGUUGGAUAGACUUCUUCCGGAAGUUUUAUUCUGUAGCUAUUAUUUUAGGGUUGAAUUGAUUGUAUUUUUGAUGUUUAUAUGCAUCUAAGAGGUUAUGUUUUUGGUAUGGUCGGUUUACUAUGUCGAGAUUAAAACAUCCUUCGGCUGUUCAUGGCAAAUGUAUCAAUGUAAGCUGUGUUGGUUUUGAUUAUAUGCCAAUAAUACUGAUUAUAUGUCAA